UACAGUUGAGGAGGCAACUAGUUUCGAGCAAUGCUCGUUCAAGACUUGAUCCUGUCACACGUACGUAGUAGAUAGUCACACUUUUGAAUUUGUGGAGUUGAUCCUGCCUGCCACUAGGUUUCAAAAUGGGACCUGUGGACCACCGACUUCGGGUCGAACGUCGGGCAAUUCUCCAGCAACAGCCUAAUGUUAAAUGGAUCAACGUCAUUGAAAACGAUGGCGGCAAUGUGCCCAAAGUGAAGCGGCAUCUGGUGAAGAUGCAUCAAACGCCGGAUAUGGAUUACCUCAAGGCUGAGUUGACCGAUAAGCUGACCCCUCAAUGGGGGAUGGUGCGGAACUUGUAUACCCCUGCAGGUGGUACGGUGGUCAACAAGAUUGACGAGCUUCAGGCUGACAAGGCAUAUGUGGUGGGCGGGGUGAAAUUCAAGCCGGUGCCGGGUAUAUCCCUCCGAGCCAAAGAGCAAGAGAAGGAGCAGCGGAAAAAGAAACGAUCCUUGGCCAGAAGUGAGGCGGAUGCUCGGGAGGAGGCCAGAAAGAGUUGGAACUCCAAUCACCAAAGGAUCUCGCUCUUGGAUAGACAAAACAUGAUUGCUAGAAUGGCCCGAGAGAGCAAGGAGCAAUCUGGAGUCAGUGACAACAAUUCAUCCACUCAAGGAUCCGCUGAAACCGAGAGACGUUCAAAUGGGCGUGUGGUCAAAAGAAGAAGGGUCGCUCCCGCCAACCGAAUCUCUAUUUACGACAGAGCUGCCAACACAAACCGAGAACGAUCUCCUCCGUCCCAAGCCCGAAAGGUGUGGAACAAUCGCUCUUCGGAUGAAAGUCGCUCUGGGAGCUCUAAAAAAGCCAGGAGCUUGUCCGUGCCCAGUCACAAGGCUUCGCGGUCAAAGUCAAGGGAUCGGAAAAAGGAAAUGUACAACGAAAUGUUUGACAGGCGACAAGCCGCACUGAUUAGGAUAACUUCGCCGGAUUCGCGACAUUCCACAAGUAAAUCCAAUCGAAGGUACAGCAGAAGAUCAAGUCCAGACAGGCAAGAGUCCGCCACCUCGGAAAGAUCUGACCUUUACUCUCGAGAAAACUCAAGCUACUCUAGAGGAUCGACUUACUCUAACGGAUCUGAGCGGUCAUCUGUCAGAGGAUCAAACCAGUCCAGCGCGAGGAGCAAUGAUUCCAGAUACUCGAGGGCCUCGAGGGCUUCUAAGAAAUCUAGGAACUCAAGAUACGCUCAAAACUCGCGCAGCCCAAGAGGAUCCCGUGAUGGUUCAAGAGACUCCAGGGACUCGCGAGACUCCAGGGACUCGCGAGACUCCAGGGACUCGCGAGACUCCAGGGACUCGCGAGACUCCAGGGACUCGCGAGACUCCAGAGAUUCAAGAGACUCAAGGGAUUCAAGAGACUCAAGGGCAAGUUCAAGUAGAACUCGAAGUGCCGAUUCGCGAUAUACAGUUCAAUCUAAGCGGGAUGGGAGAACUGGUGAUUCAAGAGGAACAAGGCGAUCUCGUGGCUCUUUCAGCGAAAGCAUGAGACGGUCCACCGCUGGCUCUGGCAUUUCCCAUGAUGGAGAUAGAGAUUAUGGAUCCGAUCGGAGUAGCCUCGCAAGUGCAAGAUCAGACGUGUCUCGAGAUUCUAGGCAAUCAAAAGCUUCUCAUUCUGGUCAUUCGCAAAGACGACGAAAACAGAGUUCUGGCUCUGCCAACAGCAACUAUAGUGGGAGUCGAACCCCGAGUGCCAAGUCCAAGGCCAGCUAUGACAGUCGUAGAAGUGGGAGUAGAACGUCCUCGACCAGAAGCUAUGAUAGCCGAAGAAGUGGAGGUAGAACUCCCUCGGCCAGAAGCUACGACAGCCGCAAAACUAGGAGUGCCAAAAGUGAUUACAGUCGAAGGACCAGGACAGCCAGGAGCAACGACAGUCGGAGAACAAGAAGUUCCGGCUCGAGAGGGUCGCAGAGUAGCCGAACCUCCAGUUCAGGAUCGGAACGGUCAUACGGGAGUGCAAGGUCGGGAGACUCGAGACUUAGUGGUAGUCGAACCCCAAGUGCCUUGACUCAAGAUUCACGGUACAGCGGUGGAUCUCGGACCCCAACAACUAGGACCAGACACCGACGCUCUGUUGUGUCCAAGAAGUCAGCCAGGAGUGGGUACAACAGUGAAGAGGUUCAAGAUGGAUAUGGGUCAACUGAUGUCAGCCGCCAGCACAGCCAAAAGACGCUAAGGAAUGGAAGACAACACUCCAAAGACGAAUCUACCCGUUCACACCGUUUCAAUGUGCGCUCUGCUGGACAAGGCAGGAUGAAUAAUUCUGCCCCAGCUGCCAUUAGCGCCUAUGGACGAUCAAAGUCCGUAUUUAGUUACAAAUCUGGGGGAAAUAGUUCAGCAGGAAAUCAUAGAACUGUUGAAGUGGAUUAUGAUCAAGAUCCUUCAGGCCUCUAUCGUGCCCACCGUAAUAUUCGUUUGGACGAGAGUCAAGCUCAUAUCGUAUUGGAUUCGACUAUUACCAAGAUCGACACCCCAAUCGAUUAUCAAGUAGCCCAAGAGGUAGACGAGGAUGUCCGCAUGUCUCGACGAAUGCGCAAAAUGCGAAUAUAAUGGAAAUCUUACCUAGUCUAUUACCAAUUCAAAUGCUACAACAAGAAGUUCUUUCCAUUCUAGCCAAGAUAUCUUCAAACCUACGUACAUAUGCUCGUACAUUGUUGGUAUUAUUUUCAUAUCUCCCUUUGAAUCGAUGAUGAGUUAAGAGAGACAGCUAUUGUACUUAUCACAAGAACACCAA